AUGGCAUUAAUUUUGCCGUCUGAAAUAGCACGACUGGUUUUUGGAUACCUGGAAGAAAAUGAGUGCUCGGAAGCGGCUAAUAAGUUUUUCACGACGUCACCGCACCUGGAGGAGUGCCGGUAUGUCUCUGAGAAGGGUAGGAAGUUUGAUACCAAAGUUAACGACCACACACUGACAGAUAUUGUGGAGAAAUAUUUCCUUGUGAUGGGGUUCGUUAAAGAAAAACUCUCCAAGAUGGAGGACAGUAAUUUUCAGUCAACUGAUCUGAUGGUGAUGAUCAAGCUGCUGUUGGAUGGACCACCUAGAGGUAAACAGCGAUUUGUGGUGAACAUCAACGUACCUCCGCCUCAGACUGGUGGCUCGCCGAUCCUGGCUGGCAGCUCGAGGAAGCGACGUCUCCACAGCCAUCAGCACGCUGAUAGACCCAAACGUCCGUUCAGGUUGGAUCCUGAUAAGGAAAAAAGCGAAGGUAGUGUUUCGAAUCAGCAAGUUAAUACCGAUGCUACGCAGCUCAACCAGCUGCCAGGUCACUCGGAACCUGGUCAGGAGGCUGGGUUGAUCAAGAGUCUGAAUGAUAUUCAGUCCUUGUCUACUGAGAUUAAGAUCAAAGAAACUGUUGUGGAAGUUCAUAAAGAGAGUAAGCUUCAGCCGAUGAAAAAUUCCACGGCUACUGAUACUAAGGAGCUCAUGUGUUAUGCUACUGCUGAAGUUCAGACCCAGGAUGAUCACCUCCUGACGAGAGAAAUGUUGAGCCGUACAGAAAUCCAAGAAAAAAUAGCCGAACAAAUCAACAAAGCAGGUUUACCAAAUUUGUCAUCUGUAAUUAAAGAAACAAGUUUCUGUGACAAUCCCGAGGUAAAUACUUCAAUAAUGUCCGAGUUAAAUAACGCGAUUAAAUCAGUUGUCACAACAACAGAGAAAGACCCUGUUUUCGAAGACUUUCUUAACGAAAUAAUCGGUACUACCGACGAGUCUCCAGAUGGAAGUCCUUAUGAUUCAAAUCCUACUGAAAGGUUCAAUCUAGAAGUGAAAACAGAACCACCAAAUACAGUAGAAGAAACUGACCUCAAAGAAGGAAUUUUCAAUUUGAACGAGCCAACGCAUGACCCCCUCUUUGACGAUUUGAACGCUGCAGCGAUUCAAGGAAUAAUUAACGUAAACAAAAUAACCCGCGAAACUGGUGACUUGACCGAGGAAAUGAAGGAAGAAGAAAAUCCUACAAGUACUGCUGUUGUAUUGGGAAAUGAGACUGAAAUUCCUCUGGUUCUACCAGCCACUGUAUUAUCUAUCGACAUUCCCAAUCUUCCGGUCAAUGUUAAUCCUGCCAAUCUCAAUCUUGAUAAUGUUAAUCCAGUGAAUUUUAAUCCUCCUUUACUCCCUGCAGUUUCAUCUUCAAUUCUAACAACAGUUCCCAAAACAAUUCAAAAGGUAUCUAAAGCAGCAAUACGAAAAGGAAAACCCAGAAAGGCACCUCGACAAGAGCAAACGAAAAUAAAACCCAAGAUAGUCAGCAAUGAAGAAGUUGUAACUACUCUUGUUUUCUGUCAGCAGGACCAAGAAAACGAAGAAGCACAUUCAGUGCGAAUGACUUCUGGUAACAGCCAAUGCCUUGCUAUAAUGCCAAAACUUCCUGGGGAAACACUUUUCUUACGCACCGUACAAGUUCCCAAAAAAAUUCCAGCUCCACCUGCUCCUCCAGAUCCUCCUGCUCUUCCUCCACCACCACCACCACCUCCACCUUCACCUCUGCUAGAUCUUCCUCAAUUUAAACGCAUAGCGCCGAAAAUUUCCAGUCUGCCAAAUUUGCUCGUUGAACCUGUCGAAAAAAAAAAAAACGACCAAGAAGACGAGGCAAUAACACUUUACGAAAAUAACUUGGAAAGCUUCCCGGUUGGCACAGAAAUACCAAUAUUGAUUGCCGAUGAUUCAAUAUCUUGUUCCGGAGCCGGAUUAUCGCCAUUCUUGAAACUUAACAAACGAAAACAUUCACCAGAGGCACCUGGACCACCAGCACCACCACCAGCACCACCCGUUGAAGUGCUUCCAACAGUAGACCUUACAGGAAACAUUAGUUUUAUCUUGGAAAAAGAAGAAUCAAUCAUCAAACGGACGCCCAAGUCGUUGCUGAAAAGUCGCGCCAAGAACCAUCGACUCAGCUUGUCAACUCCUCGCCGGCGCAGCAGUCACGUUCGUGCUUUAGAUUUCAAUACACCAACUGGUUUGAGUUCGAGUCGUCGUUAUUCAGUCACCAGUACUCGAGCAUCUCCAUCGCGGCCGCUGAAUAAGUCAAUUCCUCGCUCGAGUUUAUUCAGCACUCCAAUUAAGAGUCCCAGGAAAAAAGCGCCUAUAAAAACACCUGUGAGGAGUUUGAAACCUUUGGAGACGCCAAUUGCUACCAGAAGCCCAGCUACGACGCUCCAGGGUAAUUGGAACAAGGUGUCUGGUGUUGAUACUAUAAUUGGGUGUGAUUCGCAGUCAGACAGUGGUUCACCUCCAAAGAAACGUCCAAGGUCCUGGGACGCUGAUUUGAGAGAAGGACUUGUUAUUCCCGAGGAAAGUCAGAAUAAACCGCGAAGAAAUUCUAAUAAACCUUUGAAAAAUGACAAAGAAGAAAUAAACAAUGAUCCUGGUACUCCAACGAUUAAGUCGGAAGUUGAAGUUGAGAGUAAAGAGGCUAAAUCCAGUGAGAAAGUUGCUCAAUCAACAAUUGUCACUGCUAAGGGAGUUACCAAGAAGUAUGCGAAGCUAAAAACUAUUACUUCUAAAAUAUCAGGGUCGAGUGAUCUAAGUUCUAACUUUGAAACAAGUACAACUGAAAAGGUUAUCAAAGACUUGGAAACUCCUAGAAAAUCGGAAGAUAUUGGAGUACCACCUACUCCACGAAUACUCAGUCCUUCGAGUAAUCAAUGUUCUUUUGUGAGAAUUAAUUCCAAUGAAACUAAAGUUGCCGGGUUCGUGACUACUCCUGAGUUCCCGGUGACGCCUUGUAUUAAUUUUACUCCAAAACAUGGUGAUAAUACGGUGGAUUCUUUGAAGAAAGAUUUCGCGUUAUAUUAUCAUCCUGGUGUCUAUGGAAAGCCGGUAAAAAAUGUUGAUGUUAAGGAAAAUAAUUCAAAUGUUAUUGCAGCAUCAUUAACUUCAGUUUCUACUUCAGCGAGUACAGAGACAGUGGUGAACACUUUGGGCGCGAAAUUGGAAAUCACGCAGUUUGAAGUUAUCAAGGAAAAUUUACCUAAGGAGGAAACUUGCAAAGAACUGAGGAUUUCUAAUGCUGAAGGGCUAAAUAAGAGCCAAGAGUCGGAAAAAAGCUUGGAGAAUAGCAGGAGUGAUGAUUCUGACUCUGAUAGUGAUAGUUCGUCGUCUAGUUCCAGUUCGUCAUCUUCUUAUUGCAGUGAUGAUCAGUCGAAAUCUAGGUCCAGGUUGUCGGUGAGUAAGACAAGUAAUGUUUCGAAGAAAAGUGAUAAUUUGGGACUUGAUUUAAGUGAUUCGAUGAUUAAAACUGAUGAUAAAUGCUUAAAAGAUGAUGAUAAUAAACAGGAAAAUUGUCAGGAUAAGGUAAGUCAACAAGAUGGAGGAUUGGUUCUUGAAAGUAGUGGGGAACAAGAAGGCGGAUUGGUUGAAAAGGGUGGCGAGACUGAUGGUGGGAAAAUUCAAAUUAAAAAAGAAGAAGUUUGUGGAAUGAUUCAGGGUGAAAAACCGGUAGAAGAUUUACUUGUUGAGAAAAAGAAAGUUGUUGAAGAAGCAGAAGAAAUUAGUGAUGAAGAACUAGUUGAUGAAGAUCAUGUUGAAGAAGGUGAAAUAAUCGAAGCGUCACCUAAGAAAAUGUUUCCCAUAGUAAAAUCAGACAAAGCGUUAGCAGAAGCGGAUAUUGAAACUCCGGCGAAAAAUGAUGACUUACUUGACGAAGCUGACAUAUCUGAAACUCCCAGUGGAUCUAAAAACGGUACUCAAACAACAACGACCAACUUGACGACUAAAAUUAGUAAGAUUAUCAACACGAACUCUCAGUGGCCGCAGGAAGACAAAGUUAUGAAGUCUACGUUGAUUGAGUCGAAAAACAACAAUGAUGUACUACCGGGUCCUAGUCAACCGGAGAAUUCCGAGGUGAACCAUGAAAUACUUAGAAGAGAGUUAGAUGAGAAGAGGUUGAGAAUUAUGGACAGGCUUAAGAAGAAUAUUACUGUCAAACCUAUGUAUGGAGGUAGCAAAGGAAAAAAUAAGAAUGACAAAGCCAAACCGCGGAACAAUGUUGUUGUCAAUAGUAAAGCUCAGGAAAGUAAUGAAGUAAAAGACAGUGCUCGUGAAAAUCAUGAAGCUAAAUAUAGAGGGCAUGGAAAUCUUGAAGUAAAAGAUCAAGCUCAUGGAAAUCUUGAAAUGAACGAUAGAAUUCAUGAAAAUCUUGAAGUAAGAGAUAGAGGUUAUGGAAAUCUUGAAGCGAAAGAUAGAGGUUAUGGAAAUCUUGAAGUGAGAGAUAGAACUUAUGGAAGUCUUGAGGUGAGAGAUAGAGGUUAUGGAAAUAAUUAUGACCCGAGGUAUAGAAUUCAUGGAAAUUCUUAUGAAGGAAAUGAUAGAAAUUAUAGAGGCAAUGAUCCGAGGGAUAGAAUUUACGGAAAUAAUUACGAAGGAAAUAAGAGAGAUUAUAGAAGCAAUGACCCGAGGGAUAGGACUUAUGGAGACCAUUAUGAAGGAAAUGAAAGAGGUUAUAGAAGCAAUGACCCGAGGGAUAAAAGUAAUGAAACAAGAGGUCGCCACAGAAGUAAUGAUAGAAGGGGUAGAAGCCGUGGAAGUAAUGAAAGAAGGAGUAAAAGUCAUGGAAGUGAUGAAGGAAGGGGUAGAAGUCAUGGAAGUAAUGAAGACAGAGGAAGAAAUCAUAGAAAUAACGAAGAUAGAGUUAAAAGUCAUGAGAGUAAUGAGGAUAAAGGUAGAAGAAGCCAUGAAGAAAAAGGAAAAAAUCAUAGAAGUCGUGGAAAUAACGAAGGGAAAGAUAGGAGAGACGAUAAGGCUAGGAAUCAGCGAACCGACUAUGACAAGGAUAAAAAGGAUGACAAGAUUAGGAACGAAAGGCUUAACCAUGAAAUACAGCCUACUAAAGAGGAUAAAGUUAAGAAGAAAAUUGAUGCUGAUACUGGUGGACUUGAAAAAGAAGACAAAACUAAAAUUAAUGCAGUUACUAGUGAAAUUCAGGAUAGCAAAAAUGAUAAGGUCAGAAGUCAGGUUGCUGAUGACAAGAAAAAUGUCAAAGAAGAAAAAAGCGAACAAGUUAAAAACAAGGUGAAGGGCCAAGGGACAAAGGAAGCUAAGAAAGAAGAAAUAGAUAAGAACAAUGAUGGUCGAAGAGAAGUGAAACUUCCAGUUAUUCCAGUGACAAGAAAGUCAGCGCGGUAUGCAGCACGUGCUGCUAAAAAUGAAGCAGAAAAGAUCAAGAGUGAUAGCAGCAAGGAUAAAGACAAGAAGAAAUCCGUUGAAGAUAAUCGGAAAAGCAAGAUUGAGGUGGAAAAAACUAAUUUACCAAGUGGUAAAAUUCUUGAUAGUGUCUUGACGGGAAAAUUAUUGUUGAAAGAAGUUGUUGAUAGAGCUAAACUUGAUCAAGGUAAGAGUAAUAAUGAGGUUAGCAAGAAAGAUGACAAGGCUAAUAUGGACAAAAAAAUGAAGGUUGAUGCGGUGAAACGUGAUUUGUUCAGUGGAGACGAAAUGAGUGAUGUUGAAACCAAAAAGGUUACAUCUAGUCAAGUUGAAGAUUUGAUGAUGCAGUUGCAUAAAAGCAAUACUCCAGAAGUUCCUGAAACUGAAGAACUGUCAGAUAAAAACAUGGUGCUGGAGUCACUGAAUCUGCAACCGACAUCUAAAAGUUCCAGUGAAUCUGAGGCUGACUUGUCGAUGAAUCAUUGUGAGAUAAAAUUCGUGCACGAUGAUAAUAUUAACUCGAAAAAGCGCUACCGUAAAACAGCGCUUGACGUCGUUCCGAUCACCAUUCCGACGGAAGAUGGUGACACCAUGACAGUGAUUCUGACGUUGACUUCACAUGAAGAAUUGUUCAACUUGCAGCCAGCCAGGGUAAAGAAAAUUACCAAGAAAGACCUGCCGAAGCCAGCUCCAGAGCCUGUCAGGUAUAGACGGAAGGUUCAGCUGAGAGACAGCAAGCCUAUGGUCACUUCUAUUGAGUCACAGCCACUAGCGACCUCUUCUCCGCUAACUAUGGAACUGCCUGGAACAUCGAAAGACAAUAAAUUAAAAGAUCCGAAGUUCCUAUUAAGUAAAUUAAAUCAAAUUGAGAUUGAUAAAUUACUCGCAACGGUACAUGGACCUGAAAAAUAA